AUGGAGAAUCUGCGAAAUCAAUGUCUGAAAAAUAAUGAGCUACAUCUUACAUGGAAUCUCUUUCAGAGAAAUAAAACGUAUGGCAAAAUAUUCGAAUUGAUAUGAGAAGAAUUUAUAAGAAAAUUGAAAACUUAAGCAUCGUCAGAUUGACAUGCCCAGUCCUGUGUGACAAACUCUAACUAUUGAACUAAAAUUAAAAGUCGUUAACCUUGAACAGAAACGUUCCACAGCGACUCAAAACGAUUUUCUUCAUUUACUUUUUUCCAGAUAUCCAGGUUCACCGUUAAGUAGUUCAGGUGUCCACUUCAAUGGAUCGUCGGGCAGCCUAAUCCACGUUGAUCCACGCUCACAUCCUCCGACCAUUGUUUACAAACAUUCUACGUCACUAGUAAAUAGAGCCAGCCAACCUAACGAAAAAAAGGACGAACCACCCUCCGUUCCUCCGAGAUUUCCUGAGGGCCAGGCUCCCUUUGUCCGAGCGCCAGAUGUUCUCGCGAAUAAAACCGAUAAAAUAUCGCAAUGUGGCCUCGUCGGCGGCGAAGCGGCAGAGGGACGAGGACAGCCGGUGCAAGGAACAGCGGGACCGAGGGUCGGGAAUUAA